GAGAAGCAGAGGUAGAAAGGCAGAGCUAAGACAGAGGAGAUGGGUUGCAGGAAGCAGAAAAGGGUGUCACUGCGCAGAAAACUACACAUUCUGCGAACUCGUAUCAACUCCAAUUCUGCCAAGCGAAGCCUCAUUGCCAAAAGCACCGUUCUGCAAAUAUACAGGCUAAAAGUCAUGUUGGAAACAAUCAAAAGAGAGUAUGCCAACCUCAUAGCAGCAAGAAGAGAAUAUCAAAACCUUCUGAAGCAUGUUCAACAGCACAAGAAUGUGAAAGUAGAGAAGGUAGCAGAAGGAACCUUUGCGGCGAAGGUAACUUGCGAGAAAGGAGGAGACAAGCUGGUCGCCAUCUUAGAGGCCUUUGAGGAGAAAGGCCUGAAUGUGGAGCAAGCCAGAGUUUCGUGCAAUGACGGUUUUUCCAUGGAAGCCAUUGUUGUAGCAGAAGACCAAGCUCUGGACACCAGAAAUAUUGCUGAAGUCCUUCUUGGAGCUAUUGGAAAGCAGAGCGGCGAAAAUUAGUAGUGAAAGGUUCAGAAGACUUGUAGUUAGAAUCUACCAUCACAAUGUACUGUAUUUGUUCAACAUGUUGAUGCAUCCGAGACUAGUUAAUACCAAUUUCCAGUUCCUCUUCUAUAUUACACCAUGAAGUAAGCAAUCCCUCUGCCCUUCGAACUUGAUGGUUGAAGGAUUCUCCAUGCCUUGCCCCUUGGGAAAAUCAGUAAAAGUGAAAACAUGAAGGAAAAAUCUUUCCUCUAACAGUGUUUUGUCCCCUUGUUCAAUAUGCAUAUCAAUGGCAUGUUCAUUCUUGUCAUUGAUGAACAUGAUCUGUAGAUUUUAAAAUAGUAUAAAUGUAAUUUUUUAUUUCUGAAAAGGCAAGAUGAUAAUAUUUUGAA